CCCCAAACACAUCUCACCAUUGGCUGAUCUACAUAUUUCCCAAAAAUUUGUUCCCCAUGGCUGACUCUCAGCUCUCCACUUCCAAUGGGGUUAGGAACCAAACCCCUUCGAAUGACACUUUGGCCGACUCUCAAGAGGAAACAAGUGAAGAAUCAAAGCUCCAAUUCUCUGAAGAUGAGGAAACGCUUAUUAUAAGGAUGUACAAUCUGGUUGGAGAAAGGUGGUCUCUAAUUGCUGGAAGGAUCCCAGGAAGAACAGCUGAGGAAAUUGAAAAGUACUGGACUUCUAGAUACUCUACAAGUGAAUGAACGUACAAAAAAUUGGUUUAACAAAUAUAACAAGAGAACUCUUGUCAAAUUUGUCUACUUUCUUAUUCCCCAAGUUCCUAUGUACAAGAUAUCCCUUUGCACUUGUUUUAAUGUACACAGAUAUUGUGCCAUGGGAAUGGCUUCAAAA